UGAAAAAAAGCAUGUAAGGAUAUAGCUCGAUGGAUGUAUGAUGCGGCAAUUCCUUUUAAUGCUGUCAAUUAUCCAAGUUUUCAAGUUAUGGUGGAGUCUAUUGGACAAUUUGGGAUUGGUAUGAAAGCACCUAGUUUUCAUGAGGUGCGGGUUCCCUUAUUGAAUGAAGAAGUUGCUGAGGUGAAGAAUUCAUUAAAGUCCUAUGAAGAAGAAUGGGCAAAGUAUGGUUGUUCUAUAAUGGCAGAUGGUUGGACUGAUAAGAAACAAAGGAUUUUGAUUAAUUUCUUGGUGAAUUCUACAAAGGGAACUGUUUUCAUGGAAUCUGUUGAUGCUUCAGAGCACUCAAAAACUGGUGAUAAGAUGUAUGACCUGCUUAAUAGAUUUGUAGAGCGUGUUGGAGAGGCUAAUGUGGUUCAAGUUGUGACAGAUAAUGCUAGCAAUUGUGUGCUUGCAGGGAAGUUGUUAGAAACAAAGUGCCCUCAUUUGUAUUGGACUCCUUGUGCUGCUCAUUGCCUAGAUUUGAUGCUAGAAGAUAUUGGAAAAAUUCCCAAAAUUCAUAACACAAUUAAAAGGGCAGUGACAUUGAAUGUAUAUAUUUACAUUCGUCCUGGUGUGGUGAACAUGUUGCGGCACUUUACUGGUGAAAGAGAGCUAAUUAGGCCAGCUGUCACAAGAUUUGCAACUGCUUUUCUCACCAUUCAACGUAUACGUAAGCACAAGGCGAAUUUGAGAAAGAUGUUUACCUUAGAGAAAUGGACCAAAACUACAUGGUGGCAAACUUAUGGAGCAACAACUCCAAAUUUGAGAAAUUUUGUUGUUAAAGUGCUUAGCCUCACUUGUAGUGCAUCUGGUUGUGAGCGUAAUUGAAGCAUCUUUGAGCAUAUUCACAGUAAAAAAAGAAAUAGACUAGUUCAAAAUCGCUUGAAUGAUUUGGUGUUUAUCAAGUACAAUCGGUCAUUAAAGCGUAGAUAUGAUGCACGUGACCGCAUUGACCCCAUCUCAUUGAAAGACAUUGAUGAUAGUAAUGAAUGGUUGAUGGGUCAAAUGGAGGAAGAGAUUGAUAGAGAUGAACUUGUUUUUGAAGAUGAUGAUUUGACAUGGAAUGUGGUUGCUGCAGCUACUGGAGCUGAAGAGAAUGCCUACAACACUAGAUUAAGCAAAGGGAAAAAUGAUGCAACUACAUCACAGCAAAAAAAAAAAGUAUCAUCCACUCGUACUUCUUCACUUCUUGAAGACGAGGAAGAAAAUGAUGAUGAAGAAGAUGUUAAUUUGGAAGAUGAGUAUGAGAAGGAUAAUGAAGAAGAUGAAGAAGAUGAAGAGGAUUUUGAUAUUUCUAUUGAUGGGGAUUGAACAUUUAGUAGUUUACUAGUUUAUUAAACUUUAAUUUUUAGUAGUUUAUUUUUAUCUCUUUUGGAUUAUAAACUAAUUAUUACUUGCAUAUUUGUUAGUUAUUAUUAUAUAGUUUUAUGUUA